AUGCAGGAGUUGGCAGUGACCCGCCGCGUUCGUGUGGUGGGUGUGGAGCCUGAGGAUGUGGCGCUGCGGGCGGAGCUGUUCCGGACGCUUGCAGGCUACGGCGCCAUUGAGGAAGUGUACUUUGAGGAAGACCGGGCGUUUCACAGCGGGGCGGCGGUGGUGCAAUUCCAGCGCCUCUCGUCCGCUGAGCGCCUGCGGGCCGACGUGGCGGAUGCCAGAGGAGGAGGGGGCCGGCGGGGGUGGGGACUUGAGUUCCUCCCGCCGGCAGUGCGGGUGGGCCCAACGCUGCUCCUCACCAGCCCCCGCCCGCUGGACCCCGCCCUCCUCCCGCCGUCCAUCCGCCCCCCGCCGGAGGUCACGUUGGAGGAGCGACUCCUCACUGUGCCCGCAGCCCUAGGCGGGGAGACCGCGGCCACGGAAGUCCAUAUGGAAGCGGACGGAAAGGGGAAUAAGAGUCAGAGGGCAAAGGCAGAAUAUUUAAAGGCAUUAGCAUGUGUCAGGUCGAGAUGUAUUGGGAAAUUUGCAAUCGUGAUGGAAUUCCCAGCAGUUCAUGACGCCAAUAAUUUUCUCAUUACUCACCAACUCACACUUGCUUCAACAAUGGAUCUCUAUCUGGUGCAUGUCGGACCCGAUGAGGAGCUACGACAUGCAUUAAAAGAAGUUUUAUUGCUACGUCGAUCGGUAAAAGAUGUGACAAAGGGAAGUAUACUGCGUGGUAUUGUUUUACCACAGAACCAAGGUGGCAACAAUAUGACUUCUUGUGAGGUGGAUGCAGGAAUAACACGCAAAGGUAGAUCUAUUCUUCUUCGUACACAAACGAAUUUUGUGAAGGUAUUACCAUGGGACCUGGUUGACGUGAGAAUCACUUCCUCAACAUUAGAUGAACAGGAUAAAUAUCUUGAAGCUGAGUUACGUAGUGUUGUAGGUGCAGAUAAAAAUGCCGCAGAAUUUCAUAAAUCUUCUCUCCUACUGAAUCGUUUACGUCAGGGGACUAGUAGUUCCAGUACGCCUGCACCUUCUAGUAAGGCGCUUGCUGGACGACUUUAUCAAGCACUGCAAGAGCGAAAGGCGAUGAGCAAUUUUGCAGGAGAACAGCAAGGACAACAGUCAGGUGCGGCAAUAGAGCGGGUACAUGGCUUUCCAAAAGGGAUUCACACUUUUUCUGUUGUUUCAGUAUGUGUCCAACGCAUCGGAGACGACGGAAUCUACGCGCGUACCAUGACAUCUCAGCAUGUAACUACAAAUGUAUCUUUACAGGAAUGGCCAGUUUUUGUACCCUCUCUCUUUGUACCACAUGAAAGUGGUAUGAGCUGGAGGGACUUCGCUGUUCCAGGUGAGCGCAUGACAGUUACGGUACUGUAUGCCACCUCCGUUGGUGGUAGUGAAGCAGCCUUGAAACUUGUUGCCUCUAAACGUGAGGCAGAGAUGCGGCGUGCUUCUGCGUUAUCGCUUGCUACUGGUGUUUCUUCCUCUCUUCUUCUUCCAUCUCUUGAUGCUUCAGGAGAAAACAAUGGUUUGGAUACCUCUGAGCCACACUUGCAGCAGCUUGUACACGUUGGGACGGCAUUCAGCGGUAGUCGUGCUGUUUGGUUGCCUAAUACUCCAAGCAGCGAAGAACCUGUUUUUCUUUUGUUACCCUCUUCUUCGUCAUUACCUGCACUGUUUACCCUUCCAGUGUUUCUGCGUGCCACACAUCCGACUGGUGCACAAAUACCUGAAACAAUGACCGUUGACGCGGGUUUGCAUCCCUUUGUUAUUAGUGAAGUUGUACAGAAUGAUUACCGCGGUCGUUAUGCAAUGGCGGUUGAAGAGGCAACAUACCGUCAGAUGGAGGCGGAGCGGCUCGCUGUACAGCAGAAGCAGGAGUUGGAACAGGACGAGUUGGUGCGACGAAUAGUGGCUGACAUUAGCGGCGAAGGAAGUAAACAUGAAAGGAAGCGCAUGCGUUCUCCAUAG